AUGAAGGCAAUCGACAUUGGUCCAACUUCUCAAGAAAAAACAGUGUGGUGGAUCUUAGAUCUUGGCGAAACUCACAGCAUUUACUGCAUCAGUGUAGAAUUUAAAGACUACAAAGAUAAGGAGAUGAGGCAAAGAGGUCGUUUUGCUGGAUUUUCCCUUUAUAUAUCCAACACCCCUUAUAAAGAUGACGGUAGACUUUGUUACAAGAACACACUUCCAUUACCUCCCUUGGCGUUUAAUAUAACAUGUUUUGGAUAUGGUCGUUACGUCAUCUAUUACAAUGAAAGACUGGAUGGAGUUACUUACCCCAAAGGAUACUCAAGUCUGCACACAUUUACUGAGUUAUGUGAAGUAAAAGUACAAGGGUGUUCAAAAGCUGGACUUUAUGGAAGUAAUUGUAGUAUACCCUGUCCAAAAAAUUGUCAAGAAAAAUGGUGUAAUAUUGUCGACGGAACAUGUGUGGGAUGUGCGCCUGGAUACUUGGGACUAAUGUGCGAAGAAGAAUGUCCAUGGGGAUGGCAUGGUGUAGGGUGCAAAAGUAAAUGCAAAGGACAUUGUAAAGGAAACGCUACAUGUAACCACGUGACCGGAUAUUGUGAUGGAGGAUGUGCAGCCGGAUGGAUUGGGAAGCAGUGUGUUCAAAAAUGUAAAGAUGGAACCUAUGGUUCUGGAUGCAUUCAUAACUGCAGUGGCCAUUGUUUGAAUGGCACCUUCUGUAAUAUGGAAAAUGGAUUCUGUGAAUUUGGUUGUAAUGCCGGAUAUUCUGGAAAUAUCUGUAAUAAGGAAGAGGGGAUAUAUCCUCAAGUAAAAGAGUCAGACACAACGUCCACAGGAGCUUUAGCAGUGAAGAUUUCAAUCGCAGCAGUCCUUACUAUUAUUGUUGUAUUGAGGAAGGAACCUCAGCUUAUUCCAGAGGGAAAUAAAACGACCUUUUGUACACCAAAGAGAACAAACAGAUGA